AUGGUCUCACGUGUUGCUGCAGUGAAGGCACCCCGCACACACAACCGUCGCCGCGUGACCGGAUCCAGCGGAAGGAGGAGGGAAGGAAGAGAGAGUGAGCCGCAGAGGCCCAACAUGUCCCGGCGUUUGCUUGAUUCUACGGUGCUGCUCCUAUUUUUCGUGAUGAUGUGCUGUGGCAGUGGAGCUGCGACCGCUCAGGUGGAAAAUAAUGCUGUUGCUUCAACUCCUUCUGGGUCGGCAUUGACGAGUGCCAUUACUGCAGAGGGGAGUGCUUCAGGGGGUGUUGAGUUGCCGCAGGGAGUCGAUCUAUUUGUGGCGCAGACGACGCAGGUGCAGCCGAAGAAGGGGACUGACUCAAGUCGGAGGGAUUCAUUUGUUUCACCCUCUCUCGUCAGUGCUGGUGGAGUAAUUGCUGCUUUUGCCGAGGGUCACAUAAAUGCCAAAAACUCCCAUAACGAAUCAACUAAGCCGUCUUCUGAUGUUGUUGCGGAGUACAUCGACUCUGCGUGGGAAUGGCCCACUCUUGUUGGUGAGGUCGGUAACGAAACAUGGAGGGCACACACUGUGCUUGGUAAAGCGGAGGGAAAGGAGAGAUUGGAUGUUGUGCACCACCCCACAACCACCACGAAGGGCAAUAAGGUGUUUCUUCUUGCGGAAGGCUCUGAUGUGUCCUACGAAGGUGGGAGUUGGAAUGAGGGCAGAUUCGAACUAAAACUGGUUGUGGGUGAGGUCACGAAUUCCACGGGCGGCAAGCAGAGUGAACGGAUCGAAUGGGGCGACCCCGAACCACUCCCGAAAUCGGUCUCUUCUGCUUCUCACAAAGGUGGAUUGACGGAGUUCAUUGCUUCCGGUGGCGCAGGUGUUCUGAUGGAGGAUGGCACUAUUGUGUUUUCUCUGAUGGCGAAGAAUGGAGCAGAAGGCGUUUGCUCCAUGAUCAUUUACUCGAAGGACAACGGCAGUACCUGGGUGUUCCCAGAAGACACUUCGCAUCCGAAAUGCGAGACACCCCGCAUCACCGAGUGGGAGGGAUCACUUCUCAUGAUUGUUGAUUGCGAGAAUGGCCAGAGGGUGUACGAGUCGCGGGACUUGGGGACAACGUGGACGGAGGCCAUCGGGACACUCCCAGGCGUGUGGGUCAACUCAGGAUCGGGAGCCUCUCAGGAUUUAAGCCUGCAUGUGGAUGCUCUCAUCACCGCGACCAUUGAGGAAAAGAAGGUCAUGCUGUACACACAGAGAGGGUACGCCUUGGGGGAAACGGAAAGGGUCACUGCGCUCUACCUUUGGGUGACGGACAACAACCGCUCGUUUUCUCUUGGACCGGUUGGCAUGUACAAUGCUGGGAAGGAGGAGCUCGCCAGCAGCCUGCUGUACUCGGAUGGCAAGUUGCAUCUUUUACAACGGAGGGUCAGUGGUGAAGGCCGUGUCAUUUCACUUUCCCGCCUGACGGAGGAACUGAAGGAAAUUGAGUCCGUCCUCAGUACUUGGGCGCAAAAGGACGCCUUCUUCUCCAGCUUUUCUAUACCCACGGCGGGUCUGGUGGCAGUUUUGUCAAACGCAUCGGCCAACAAUGACACGUGGGACGACGAAUACCGUUGCCUGAAUGCAAAGGUGAAGGAUGCGACGAAGGUCAAAGAUGGGUUUCAGUUGACGAAGCCUGGCUCCGGGGUAAUGUGGCUUGUGAACAUUCCGGAUGAUAAAGUACGUCAUGUAUUUUUGAGCCACAACUUCACACUUGUGGCGUCGGUGACCAUCGAAGAGGCUCCGAGCGAGAAAACUCUACUGACUGCGGUGCUGGCGAACACUGAGCCCCAAUAUAUCAUGAGACUGUCGUACACCGCGGAUAAGACGUGGGAGACAAUUUUCAAAGGCGAGACAAAACCAACAACGGAAAGCAGGCAUUGGGUGCCGAAGAAAGAACACCAAGUGGCACUCAUGCUGCAAGGCAACAAGGCCUCUGUGUACAUUGAUGGCGAGUCGCUGGGGGAGGAAGAAGUGCCGUUAACAGGUGAGACACCACUUGAGCUUUUUGGGUUUUGCUUUGGCGCGUGCGACUUCGGUGAUGAUGGUGAUGAUGAUGAUGAGGAGGCCAGUCCGGAGAAGCCCAGUCCGAAGGGGAUCGGCAAAAAACCUCGUGUGACGGUGACGAACGUCUUUCUGUACAACCGCCCACUGAAUUCCACUGAGAUGACCGCAAUCAAGGACAGGAUCCCCGUUCCGAAGAGAGCUCCAGAACCACAAGUGAAAAUUGCUCCCAAACCUGUCGCACCUGCUUUACCUGCUGUGCCUGGCCCACGGGAAGUACCAGCAGCACCGGGGAGGACAACUGUGGGGAGAACCGCCAAUAACCAACAUGCGCCAGCGGGACGCUUGACUUCUGCUGGGAAUGAAGGGACGGCACGAGAAAAGGGUGAUGGUGGGGCAAAUGGUGAUGCUGGUUCCGCGUACGGGAGGGUGCUGCUGCCGCUGCUGCUUCUGCUGGGACUGUGGGGCUUUGCGACUGCGUGA